GUGGAAUUCGGUGCUAUGGCGUAAUUGCCGUGCAUAUAAGAAACUUCGAAAUUUAACUUUACCUUUUUGCAGUUAUUGGAAUUUUUCAUGUGGAUGCUUCGUAUUCCUCUGUUUGACAUCAAUGUCCAGCGCGGAAGAGUUUAAAUUAUUGACACCGUUGUAGGAGUGCUUUCAGUUUGAUUUAACGAUAAACACAUCUGACGCAACCUUCAUUUUUGUCGCGAUUCAGAAUAGUUAUUGAUAUAUAUGUACUUUCUCGUGACUGCCGAGUGCUACCUAACCAAGACUUUUUAUUACAUCACCCUGUUACAAAUUAUUUACAAGUUGACAAUCUCGAAGGUAGCAUGGUUUUGUUGUCCCAUAACAUGACUUACUAUCCGCGGAACUUUUCUUGUGAACUUGUUGUCCAUACACCUAUCGAAAAUGCCAAAAUUAUGAUGAAAAUUGAAGAAUUUUAUAUUCCUUCCAAAACUCCUAGCUGUGUAGAAAACUAUUUGUACGUAUUUGAUUCAAACACAGCCAAAUCAAAGGCAAUGCCUGAAGCUGGUGGAGAACGUGGUCUAUGCGGACCAGAUUAUCCAAAACAGCUCAUAUUUACAACGAAGUCAUACAUCUGCAUCGCUUUCCAUACAUCACCCCAACGACCGCCUGUCCUACCCGGCACAAAACCUGGUUUUCGCGUUAUUUUGACUGCAGUUCAAGAAACUCGUACUAACACCUGUCCAUCAGACAAUUUUUAUUGUGGCUUAAUGCCUCGUUUUUUGGCGUCAAACACAAUGAUGGGAUUAAAUCCUCUUUCGUCAGACAGCCGAUUGUAUGGAUCCUCUCUGUCUCUUUCACAGAAUAUGCGAGACCUAGAUGAGGAGAGAUCUUCAACCAACCAUGAUAAACAAUCCAUGGGAUACUGCAUUACUAGGAAAAGUUUAUGUGAUGGUAUUAUUAAUUGUGAAGACGGUAAAGAUGAAGAUAUAUCCCAGUGUCAAGCUAUUAUGGGGAUGAAAGAUUCAAACACAAUUCUAUACGCCGGUGAUACAAAUGAUCCUAAUAACUGGCUAUCAGGUUUCCUGUCACUUGGUAUACCUGCAUCUAUCGCUAUAGCUGUCAGUACAAUUGUUAUUUUUACAUUGGGUAUUGGGGGUGUGAUAUGUUGUUGUCAUCGUUGUUGUCGAAUUAACCAAGGUUAUAAUAAUCACUAUUCGGAUGACAGAAUUCAACGCAGAAGUGGUGCAUUUCUUUCUGAUGCAGGAAACAGUAGUUAUAAUUAUUCUAGAUCUCAACAUCGAGGGAUAGUUGCUGUCAACACUGGUGCACAGUUAUCUGGUAAUUUGAACUUAGUUUCCCAUGUAGACAGUAAUCAACAGAAUAUAAACCGUGAAUGGCAACAGAGUGCUCAUUUUCCACCUGAAUCAGUAGCAGUAGGGGAAAAUUACUCACAACGUGGUUAUAAUGUACCUACACAUUAUCAACAAGCUUUCAACCACUAUUUCACAUCUCAGCAUACGAAUAACGAGAAAGAAAUCCAGUCACACUGUAUUCUCCAAACACCUUAA